UACAACAACAACACCAACAACAACACCAACGUCUAUAACACCAACAACAACAACAACAACAUCUAUAACAACAAGAAGUGCUAACACAACUGUUACUAUUCCUACAACCACAGGUACACAGAUGACAACUCCAUCAUCAUCAGCAGCCAUGCCACAGCCAAAUGCCCCAAUGCCACCAAUUCAGACCAGCUCUUUACCCAAAAGACCUUCUACCAUAACUGUUACCAGUGCCAUUACUCCCACUAAUCACAAUGACCAGGUUACCCCGGGAACAAGGGUAUCUAUGGUAGAAGUAGCAGGGGGUACUCUGACCAGGCAGCUGGUGGAUACAGCAUCUUUACUGGCUGUCCUGCUCUUCGGCCUGCUCUUCUUCUUGGUCACAGUGGCUGUGUUCGUCACCCAGGCCUACGAGAGCUACAGGAGGAAGGACUACACCCAGUUCCACUCAAUGGUUUUGCAUUGUGUUAAGAACAAAAACUUGAGACGAGUCCCAGAAGUCGGUGUCCGUGCUACAGACUGAAUUACUCACGCCUUUUCUCUUUUCUUCAGCAGUUUGUAUUAGUUUACUACUUCUGGAGGGUUCAUGGUUAAUGAAACUUUGCCAAAUAAUCACUGAAGCACAUUAUUGUAUGGUAAAGCCAAGGGAAACAUAAAGCCAUUACCAAUACGUGACUGAUUGAAGGAUGACAUGAACUGUAAGAUUUAUCGAUGGACCUGAAAACUCUCACAGCAGCAAAAGUCUUCAAAUUAGAAAGUAAUUUUUAUGUUAUUGUGUAUUUCUACAGUAUGUAUAAUGCAUUAGACAUUCGGUUUUGAUCUUUAUGUUUUUUUUUGUUUUUGUUUUUUUAAUUGAACCUGCCAAUUUCUACUCAUUUUCCAGUUUUCCAUAUCUUCAAAGUUGGUGCCAUUGGUGAUUUGUUGUUUCCUCCAGAAUCUUUUUUUUUUAAUGUAAACGGUAUUUGGAAAAUGUAUUUUGUUUGUUUUUUUUUGUUUUGUUUUUCUACAAGAACAUAGGCCAUCGGUGUAGAAGCAGAGAAUGCUUUGUUUUCAAUCAAUUUUUUUGUAUUAUGUAAAAAAAUGACCAUUUGUUUUUCUCAUGAAAAUUAGAUUUUUACAUGAUAA